CCCAGGCGGGCCCGGGAACUCCGCGGGAGUCGCGGCCGCUCCGCUCCCAGCGACCCAGGAGUUGGGCCCAGCGCCUGGUCCCGGAGCGGCAGCAUGAUUCCGGUGGCCGAGUUCAAGCAGUUCACAGAGCAGCAGCCCGCCCUCAAGGUGCUCAAACCCUGGUGGGAUGUGCUGGCAGAGUACCUCACCGUGGCCAUGCUGAUGAUUGGGGUUUUCGGCUGCACCCUCCAGGUGACACAGGACAAGAUCAUCUGUCUGCCCAGUCAUGAGCCCCGGGAGAAUUUAUCAGAGGCCCCCUGCCAGCAGCUUCUCCCGCAGGGGGUCUCGGAGCAGGUGGGGGGCCUCCGGGAGGUGAGCGGCCUGAAGAACAACCUGGACCUGCAGCAGUACAACUUCAUCAACCAGCUCUGCUACGAGACGGCCCUCCACUGGUAUGCCAAGUACUUCCCCUACCUGGUUGUCAUUCACACGCUCAUCUUCAUGGUCUGCACCAGCUUCUGGUUCAAGUUCCCCGGCACCAGCUCGAAGAUCGAGCACUUCAUCUCCAUCCUGGGCAAGUGUUUCGACUCGCCGUGGACCACGCGGGCCCUGUCCGAGGUCUCCGGGGAGAACCACAAGGGCCCUGCCACCGGACGGGCGACGGCGGCUGUGACGGCCACAGCGGGUCCCGGGAAGGCAGGUGAGGGCGAGAAGGAGAAGGUGCUGGCGGAGCCUGAGAAGGUGGUGACGGAGCCACCCGCCGUCACCCUUUUGGACAAGAAGGAGGGCGAGCAGGCCAAAGCCCUGUUUGAGAAGGUCAAGAAGUUCCGCGUGCACGUGGAAGAGGGAGACAUCUUGUACACCAUGUACAUCCGGCAGACGGUGCUCAAAGUCUGCAAGUUCUUAGCCAUCCUGGUCUACAGCCUCGUCUACGUGGAGAAGAUCAACUUCCUGGUGGCCUGCAGGGUGGAGACCUCGGAGGUCACGGGCUACGCCAGCUUCUGCUGCAGCCACACGAAGGCUCACCUCUUCUCCAAGCUGGCCUUUUGCUACAUCUCCUUCGUGUGCGUCUACGGCAUAACCUGCCUCUACACGCUCUACUGGAUCUUCCACCGGCCCCUCAAGGAGUACUCCUUCCGUUCCGUGCGGGAGGAGACUGGCAUGGGGGACAUCCCCGACGUCAAGAAUGACUUCGCCUUCAUGCUGCACCUCAUCGACCAGUACGACUCGCUCUACUCCAAGCGCUUCGCCGUCUUCCUCUCCGAGGUCAGCGAGAGCCGCCUGAAGCAGCUCAGCCUCAACCACGAGUGGACGCCCGAGAAGCUUCGGCAAAAACUGCAGCGCAACGCCCGGGGCCGGCUCGAGCUGGCCCUCUGCAUGCUCCCGGGACUGCCCGACACUGUCUUUGAGCUCAGCGAGAUGGAGGCGCUCCGGCUGGAGGCCAUCGGCGACAUCACCUUCCCCCCGGGCCUGUCGCAGCUGGUGCACCUGCAGGAGCUCAGCCUGCUCCACUCGCCCGCCAGGCUGCCCUUCUCCUCGCAGGUCUUCCUGCGGGACCGCCUGAGGGUCAUCCGCGUCAAGUGCGAGGAGCUCCGCGAGGUCCCCCUCUGGGUGUUUGGGCUGCGUGGCCUGGAGGAACUGCACCUCGAGGGGCUCUUCCCCCCGGAGCUGGCUCGGGCGGCCGCCCUCGAGAGCCUCCGGGAGCUGAAGCAACUCAAAGUCCUGUCUCUGCGGAGCAAUGCCAGCAAGGUGCCGGCCAGCGUGACCGACGUGGCCGGGCACCUGCAGCGGCUUAGCCUGCACAACGACGGGGCCCGUCUGCUGGCCCUCAACAGCCUCAAGAAGUUGGCGGUGCUGCGGGAGCUGGAGCUGGUGGCCUGCGGGCUGGAGCGCGUCCCCCACGCCGUCUUCAGCCUGGGCGCACUGCAGGAGCUGGACCUCAGAGACAACCACCUGCGCUCCAUCGAGGAGAUCCUCAGUUUCCAGCACUGUCGCAAGCUCGUCACGCUCAGGCUGUGGCACAACCAGAUUGCCUACGUGCCCGAGCACGUGCGGAGGCUCCGGAGCCUGGAGCAGCUCUACCUCAGCCACAACAAGCUGGAGACCCUGCCCACCCAGCUCGGCAUGUGCUCUGGCCUCCGCCUGCUGGACGUCUCCCACAACGGGCUGCGCUCCCUGCCGCCCGAGCUGGGCCUCCUGCAGAACCUGCAGCACCUGGCUGUCUCCUACAACGCCCUGGAGGCCCUGCCCGACGAGCUCUUCUUCUGCCGCAAGCUGCGGACGUUGCUUCUCGGCUACAACCACCUGAACCAGCUCUCGCCCCAGGUGGGGGCCCUCAGGGCCCUCAGCCGCCUGGAGCUCAAGGGCAACCGGUUGGAGGUGCUGCCAGAAGAACUUGGCAACUGUGGGGGGCUCAAGAAGGCAGGGCUCCUGGUGGAAGACACCCUUUAUGAAGGCCUGCCGGCAGAGGUGCGGGACAAGAUGGAGGAGGAGUGAAGGCAGGGAGGGGCAGGUUGGGGUAGAGACAUUCCGGAUGCUUCCGCCCCAAAAUCUCUACCAUUGUCUUCAAAGGAGGCAGCCAAGUAGGCCCCAGCCAGGAGAGGAGCAGACAAGAUCCCGGGACUGGUUUGUCUGGGGAGAGACAGAAGGCUGUGGAUUUGGGGUGGAACAUAAUGGAGGGAUUAACUCAGUCAUAGGAUUCUCAGACCAAAACCACACCUGUGUCUGUGGUUGGCUGGCUUGUCCCCAGCCCCGGGCCAGAACUGCUACCCUCCCCCUGGACAUUCCAGCUUAAUCAGUGCCACCUUUGGGGGUGGGGGCACAUCCCAAUGGGAUUUCAACCCUCUCCCCCACAACAAAACAGCUUACCUCUGGGGUUCUCUCCCAAGGAGGGGACACAGACACAAGGGACCAGCACCCACCCCCCACUUUGACGUUAAGGCGUUAUUUAUAAGUUGUUUGCUCCAGACACGUGAACUCAGAAAAAUGGUUCUCAGAUUUGGCUAUGCAUCAAAAUCAACAUCCCCAAAACAAAACAUGCCAGGCCCCCACCCCUGAAAGACUGACUCAGGAGGUUUUGGCUGGAGGCCAGGAACUCGGCUGUAAAUAAGCAUCCCAGGUAGUUCUGACGCAGGUGGUCCUAGGCCUGUAUGCAGGACAGUGCUGACCUACGGAAUAGACAUCUGGAUGUCUAGAGCGGGG